AUGAUCCUGUACAUGUCUGUAGUGUCCAUGCCAUUCAGGCGCAUGUACUGGUCCCGGUUAUUGCGCCAAUCCCACAUUGCGGACUGCAUGCCAAGAAAUCGCUUUGACGAAGUGAUCUCACUUUUCCACGCGUGCAACAACGACACCGAGAAGAAAAAGGAAGAAGAUGGCUACGACAAGCUUUACAAGGUCCGUCCGUUGCUCAGCCGGCUGAAUUAUAAUUUCCAGGGUGCUGCAGAAAUGGAAGAUUGCCCUGCCGUGGAUGAAAUGAUAGUACCAUUCAAAAGCCGACACAGCCUCAAAAUGUACAUGAACAAAAAGCCUAGAAAGUGGGGCUACAAAGUGUGGACACUGGCUGAGAGAUCCGGCUAUGUGUACAAAAUUGAGCUUUACGGAGACAAUUUAGUCAUUGACCCAACGGAUUUGUCAAAUGACAUCGGAGAAAGUGGAAAAAUUGUUGUGCGACUCUCUGAGGGCUGUGAAGGGAAAGAAAUAUUUUGUGACAACUUCUUCGCUUCAGCGGAUCUUCUAGUUGAAAUGAAGCGUCGCGGAUUAGGAUGCACAGCAACCAUGAGAAACGGCAGAAUUGGACGCUGCCCCCUAAAAACCGAAAAAUUCCUGAAGGGGGAAGGCCGUGGAUCCUUUGAUUUCCGAUCAGAAAUGGACAGCGGCAUUAUUAUUUGUCACUGGCAUGACAACCGCAGCGUCAUGAUUGGAUCGAAUACCCAUAGUGUAGGUCCUGUGGGCGUCUGCCGGCGAUACGACAAAAAAGCAAAAACAUACACCGAAGUUUCCCGACCGAGCAUGGUAAGAGUAUACAACCAAAGCAUGGGUGGUGUCGACAGAGUGGACCAGCUGCUUUCUUUCUACCGCAAUGAGUUGAAGACGAAGAAGUGGUACAAGAGGAUAAUUUUUCACUUGCUAGACCUUGCUGUUGUGAACAGCUGGUUCUUGUACCGCGCCGUAAAGGAUUCGGAAAUCCAGCUCGCAGAAUUCAAGCUUCAGGUCGCCUUUGGGCUAAUGAAGUCGGAAAAGUCACACGAAGCGCCCCUCCAUGACCGUACUCUGACCGAAAAUUGGCUGUCGAACCGAUCUUCAGAUGUACCCACUUCCGUCAGGUAUGAUGGGGUAAAUCAUCUGCAUGUCAAAGUGCCGCAGAAAAGUGCCCCAAGGUGCAAGCUACCGCAGUGUUCACGGAGAACAAGGCUCCAGUGUAAGAAGUGUAAGGUGUACCUGUGCGUCGAAGAAGAUGGACCAGCAAACUGCUUUGAAAGGUUCCACACUGAGUGA